AUGGAUGAUUUGCCGCUACAAGACACUAGCUUCUCGCCGCUCGCACACACAAUCAACGGUAUGAAGCGGACCAGUCAUCAUGAGUGGGGUUUCGUAAUCUACCGAUGCGCCUACGGCGACGAUGCCGCUUGGCAGCGCUAUUUAGACCUGCUCAAAGCGAGUGUGGCGGAGACCCUCGACAUACUCGGUCGCGACGUUCUACUGGGCCCCAUUCUCGUCUGGACCGUCGUCGAAGAUCAAGGCCUCGACCAGGCGACGCCGGAAGAUGUUCGUUCUCGCUUCCGCGUGUGGGCGAGCGAAAAGCUAGCGGUGUUAGAAAAAGACAUUCAAUUAGACCUCUCCCAGCUUCCGCCCGGAGCCAAGGUGCUGAGUCUGCCUCGGCAUCUCCCAAGGUUUCAGUUCUGCGUCGGUGUCGAUGCGGCCUGCUUGGAGCCUCUUGUCUCGAACACCAGCUCGUCAGGUGCCUUGAACAUGCUUCUCGUCAAUGGGCAAGAUGAGAACUCGGACCCAGGUACAAGAGGCCCAGCGUCAACUACCGACUCAAACUACAUGAAGCUGCCCGCCCGCUCUUUCUGCACAGCGUACGAAGAAGCCGCUCGAGACAUGUCUUGGAUUAUGCUCUGCGAUAACUUGCCGUUCAUGUACAACAACUAG